UUUCAAAGACCAAGAGAUACCAGAUGGUCAGAGCAUAUUCACAAGAGCAUAUUUAUAGGCACCCAUGGGAACGAGUUACUUCUGCAUCCUGGCGCAAGUUCGCUGAUCCUAUGAACAAACGUGCCCUAUCUCACAUCCUUGAGGUUGAUACAUUAGAUCACAAGCUUGACGCCAACUUAGGGAAGCUUUACACAACUCGUGCCAUCACUAUACAUGCACCUGGGCCUUGGUUUGUUCGCAAAAUCAUUGGUCAAGAAUGUCACUGUAUUGAAUCAACGGUUGUUGAUGCACAAAAUCGGUCAAUGCAACUUUCUACUCGUAACAUCAGUCUCCAAAAUUUUAUUGAGGUAGAGGAGAAAAUUAGAUAUGAUCCUCAUCCUGAUAAUCCAAAUUCAUGGACAGUCUGCAAGCAGGAAACUAGUAUUAAGAUUAAGCCUUUAUCAGCACUGGCUUCUAUGGCAGAGAAAAUAGAGCAGAGAUGUGUAGAGAAGUUCCAAUCGAACAGCGCAAAGGGUAGAGAGGUUAUGGAGCGGAUGUGCAAGUACCUUGAAGCUGAAGCCAGUGGCAUUUCAGCGUGACGACCAAGUUCUGACUAGCUUUACAGCUCCUUUAUAGCAUUUCAAGUU